GGGAGACAGUGAGAGGGAGGGAGGGAAGAAAUCGCAGGCUAUAAAGUUGGAGAGAUCAAUUCCUUUUCGCCUGUGUUUGCUGAAGGAAUCAAGGAAUUAUUGUUUAUUCCCGUUCUUUUGGGGAUCGCAUGGCUUCGAGUAUAGUUGGUGGGAUUUCUAGCUCUCGUUUAUGCAGGGUUCAUAAGAUUAAUCUAAUUUGCGGCCGCUUAUGUGAAAUGGGUAUCUGAAAAUUUUGAAGGAAAGUGGCAGAUUUCCAAUUAAGAAUAUGUGCGGGACUUAAGUAAUUUCUCUACACAAAUUCGUUUCGCGUUUGCUAUCCACGUGAUCUAGGCUUGUUGCUUGGUACAGCAGGAAGGUGAAUAUGUCAACCACACAACGAGAGAAUGGUUCAAGUAGUCCUUCAACUUUGUACCCUUCCAACCGAAUACGGCACCGCAAGCGCUCAAGUGAGGUCUUCCAUGAGGCAGAAAAAACAAAUGGUGGCCAUUUGCUUGUUGACGACCAAAACAAGUAUAAGUCCAUGCGGACACGUGCAUGGUCAACUGUCUGGAUGCUCGGUGCAUUUGCUUUGAUCAUUUAUAUGGGACAUCUCUAUAUUUGGGCAAUGGUCAUAGCCAUCCAAGUCUUUAUGGUAAGGGAAGUUUUCAACUUAGCAAGAAAGGCUCAUGAAGAUAGACAUCUUCCUGGAUUUAGGAUUCUGAAUUGGCAUUUCUUUUUCACAACAAUGAUAUUUGUCUAUGGCUAUUUUCUUCAGCGGCAGCUUGUGAACACUGUACUCUCAGAUAAAUUCUUAUAUCGGCUUGUCAGCAACUUUAUCAAAUAUCGGCUAUUUAUAUGCUAUUUCUUGUACAUCUCAGGAUUCGUAUGGUUCAUACUUACUCUAAAGAUGAAGAUGUACAAGUAUCAAUUUGGCCAGUUUGCAUGGACGCACAUGAUUCUCCUUGUUGUGUUCACCCAAUCUGCAUUUAUUGUAGCAAACAUAUUUGAAGGGAUUUUCUGGUUUCUUCUGCCUGCCUUUCUUAUUGUUAUCAAUGACAUUGCUGCUUAUAUUUUUGGCUUCUUCUUUGGCCGAACACCUUUGAUCAAGUUAUCUCCAAAGAAAACUUGGGAAGGCUUCAUCGGGGCAUCUGUGACAACCAUAAUAUCAGCCUUCUUGUUAGCAAACUUUUUGGGACGUUUUCAAUGGCUAACUUGUCCAAGGAAGGAUCUAUCUACAGGGUGGCUCCAUUGUGAUCCUGGUCCUUUAUUCAAGCCUAAAUAUUACUCUCUUGGAAUGCUGCCUUCCUGGUUCCCUUGGAAAGAGAUCAUGGUAUUGCCUGUGCAGUGGCAUGCUUUAGCACUUGCCUUAUUUGCAUCAAGCAUAGCACCUUUUGGCGGUUUCUUUGCGAGUGGUUUCAAAAGGGCCUUUAAGAUUAAGGACUUCGGUGACAGUAUUCCUGGGCAUGGUGGCAUGACUGAUCGCAUGGAUUGUCAAAUGGUGAUGGCGGUGUUCUCUUACAUCUAUUAUCAGUCGUUCAUUGUGCCUCAUAGCAAUACUGUUGAUACUAUCCUUCAACAUAUCUUGGGCAACCUCUCAAUCGAGGAUCAAAUCAACCUAUAUAGGCAACUUGGGGAUAUUUUGCUGGCGUCCCAACAAAAUGAUUCUUACAGCUUCCCCCUGUAAUGUAGAUCCUUAUUUUGUAUGUGUGGUUUCUGUACAAGAUUUCUUCUGUUUUUGCCUAUAUGGAAAAGUUGAGCAGCUUUAGCUAA